UUACCCAUCCAAAAAGACGCCAGGACAGUUAGAUGAAGAGUGAGUCAAAUAGUUUGGACUAAGGGGCUACAUCAAUUCAUAUUAGAAGGUUCCCGACGUCACUGAGUGGUAGAAACCUCACUGCGCUCUUCUGAGAGCCGAGCGUCAGUGGACACUUCUUGGUACCACACUCGAUAUUUCAACUUUUUUAAGCGUUGUUCUACGAGAAGAUCUCCAUGCAUUCAAUGCAUUUUACCUCUUUAUAUACUCCUGCUUGUGAAGGGACUCGCUUGUAGCUGUUCUCUUAUCGGUUCUGGUUUGACACGGAGCGAGGAACACCAUCAUUCGUGCGGAUUUUCUUAGCGUGCGCGCUAUCAGAGGAUUAUUGCCUUCGUCGGAGUUUGUCCCUUCAGCACGGUGAGGGAGAACUGCAUUGAGUUAGGUGGUUGAGAAUAUGUGUAGCUUUUGAUGAAUACCCCCUCCCUGACCACCGACAAGUUUAUACACAUCAACAGGAAGUACGUUAAUGUUCGUCUGUCCAUCGAAUCACUAGUAAUCUAACCAACAAGGAAAUUAUUUGACUCUCUCCAACCAAGCGCGUUUUCAUCCAGUUCCCUUUCUCUUUUUCAGAAGACGUUGAUGGUCUUGGAUUUGGAAACGACUUGAUUUGCCUGGAAUCGCUUGAUGUGAUAUAGCUACGAAUAUUGCUUGGAUUGUUGAGGGGUUCCCUCACUCCCAAACCAUUCCAUAGGACUUAAUCACAUUUAAAGGAAAUAAGCGUCUUGAAAUCCGCACUGGGCUGUGAGUAGAAAUCUAAUCAGAUCGGGCGCGUUAAGGGGGAAGAAAGGGACGAAGAAAAGUUCAAUUUUAAGCCAUGACUGUGGAAUAAGAGUAUCAGACCCUUUACAUUUAUCGAAGAUCGGGACGAAGAUGCGGAGAAUGGUCGGGGAUCUCAGGGAUACGACCCAGCUAGAUGCGUUCGGGUGUCUUGAAUGAAUCCCAAAUCCAAAAUCGGUAUAUAUCAAUGCACAGUUUGCCAAGAAUGCCACAUCAGACCGGGAGAGCAACGUAUUCGUUUUGAUUUCUCAGACUUGGCACACCGGACUUAAAUUAUGUUUAGUAAGAUCGCAUCGAAAUAUUUGCUCUAGAUGCACUUAUUUUAUUCGCCGUGUCUAUAAUGGCACUGCAAGGAAGACCGAAUGGAUAUACGGGACCGAAUUUCUUCUCAUAGACGGUUGUGAAUGCAAAACUGCUCGAGGAUCUUUUAGGCACUCGUGCCUACAGAACAGCCUGUUUCAGAUUGGAUAGCCACAAACUACAUGCUGAAGAACAUUUCAUUCGCAUCGUGCCAAAUUGCUUGAGAAUUGCGGAUGGAUUUGCGUUGCACUUCUCGUUUGGAGGGGUACGGAUCGGCGCUCUCCGUAUUUUUGCCUGCGAUUUGAAUAUUCAGCCUCGAGAAAAGGCGAAGUCUGCUUGUGAAACCGAGCGUGAAGAUGUCCAGAAACUGCUGGCACUACAGUGGAAGACUUGGCAGUUUGGCCUAAUUAAACACUUCCCAAAGAGUGGAGAACCUGUCAGCAAAUUAUGAAUGAUAAACAAGAUGACCUCCUCCCGGAUGCAGCAGACGAUGAGUGGUCCUAGGUGGAACCGGGCCCUGUCCGACCCAUUGUUCGUGCUGUUGCUGGCUCUGCAGCUUUUGGUGGUGGCCGGCCUGGUGCGAGCGCAGACCUGCCCUUCCGUCUGCUCAUGUAGCAACCAGUUCAGCAAGGUCAUCUGUACGCGCCGUGGUCUUCGAGAUGUACCCGAUGGUAUUUCAACCAACACAAGGUACCUGAACCUUCAGGAGAACCUUAUUCAGGUGAUCAAGGUAGACAGCUUCAAGCAUCUGAGACAUCUGGAGAUCUUGCAGCUCAGCAAAAACCACAUCCGCAACAUUGAAAUUGGAGCUUUCAAUGGCCUGGCCAAUCUCAACACUCUGGAGCUGUUCGAUAAUCGACUUACCACAAUCCCCAAUGGUGCUUUUGAGUACUUGUCCAAACUUAAGGAGCUUUGGCUGAGGAAUAACCCAGUAGAGAGUAUACCUUCCUAUGCCUUCAACCGUGUCCCAUCUCUGCGAAGGCUGGACCUGGGUGAGCUGAAACGGCUCUCGUAUAUCUCAGAAGGUGCCUUUGAAGGCCUUAGCAAUUUGCGGUACCUGAAUCUGGGCAUGUGCAACCUGAAGGAGAUCCCCAACCUCAUUCCGCUAGUCCGGUUGGAUGAGUUGGAGAUGUCUGGAAACCAGCUCUCGAUAAUUAGGCCAGGGUCUUUCAAGGGCCUCAUCCACUUACAGAAGCUCUGGAUGAUGCAUGCUCAGAUCCAGACGAUUGAGAGAAAUGCCUUUGAUGACCUUCAGUCCCUUGUGGAGUUAAAUCUAGCCCACAACAACCUUACCCUUCUGCCCCAUGACCUUUUCACUCCAUUGCACCAUUUAGAAAGAGUACACUUACACCACAACCCCUGGAAUUGCAACUGUGACAUCCUCUGGCUCAGUUGGUGGCUCAAGGAGAUGGUUCCGGCCAAUACCAGUUGCUGUGCUCGAUGUUCUUCACCCGCCAGCCACAAGGGGCGCUACAUUGGUGAACUGGACCAGAACUAUUUCCAUUGUUAUGCACCGGUGAUCGUGGAGCCACCAGCCGAUCUCAAUGUAACCGAGGGUAUGGCUGCAGAACUGAAAUGCAGAGCGAAUUCUUUGACCUCAGUCAGCUGGAUCACCCCCAACGGGUCCAUCAUGACGCAUGGGGCAUACAAGGUACGCAUUUCCGUCCUCAACGAUGGGACGUUAAACUUUACCAACGUCACAAUGCAAGACACAGGAACGUACACCUGUAUGGUGAGCAACUCUGCAGGCAACACGACAGCCUCAGCCACACUCAAUGUGUCCUCAACGGAGAACAGUAGCUUUAGUUACUUUACUACAGUCACGGUUGAGACCACAGAAUCGGCACACGAUGAGGGCCACCUAACGGUACAGCAGAAGGGGGGUCCCACCCCUGCCUCUGGAAUUUGGGAAACCUCUCCACCUUCCUUCACCACCACAACCACAGCACGGACUUCGUUGUCCACCAAGGCCACAGACAAGACCUACACCAUUCCUGUCACAGCCCUGAGCGAUGGAUCCCUCAACACUUUGGAUGAGGUGAUGAAGACCACCAAGAUCAUCAUUGGAUGCUUUGUGGCCAUCACUCUGAUGGCAGCCGUCAUGCUAAUCAUAUUUUAUAAAAUGCGCAAACAGCAUCACCAUCAGAAUCACCACGCGCCUACGCGAACCAAUGAGAUCAUCAAUGUAGAUGAGGACUGCGUAGCGGGUGGACCUACCAUGGAGGGCCAUCUUGCUCUUCCCCCACUUGAGCAUGAGCACCUGAAUCAUUACAAUGCCUACAAGACUGCAUACAACCAUGCCUCCACCAUCAAUUCUAUACAUAGCUCCGCCCACGAACCUUUGCUAAUUCGGGCCAGCUCAAAAGACAAUGUACAAGAAACGCAGAUCUAAACUGUUUUCAUAAUGGGAAUAAAACAACGGAAAAAAGACCUCUACAACAAACUGUUAAAAAACAAUAUGUGACAUACUGAAUUUGAAGAUUGUUGAAACAAAGACACAGUAAACCGAUGCAAGACGUAUAAGAACGAUGUUUGUAAGUUUGAAAAAAUUACAUUUGGGAGCUAGUGUACGUCGAGAGUUUCAAAAGUGUCUUUACAUAACAGAAGUUAUUUAUUUAAGGGAGAAAAAAAAAAAAACUAUUGUGGUUUAAUCAAGAAAAAUAUGUAAUCUGCAAUUAUUUUUCCAGCAAUUAUUUCUCCAUAUUUUUUAUGUUAUUUUAAGGGUUGUUGGUUUACUAAUAUGCUUUCAAACUCUGUUCUUUAUGUGAGGACCCAAUUAAGCCAUUUGCAGCUGAAUCUAAAACUUCCCUUGUUUUAUCUGUCUGAGAUGAAGGUACGAUUUAGGGAUGGCCCAUGUGAUUAAAUACAUUUUGCAUUACAUUUUUGUUCCUGCUUAAAAAAAGCUAUAUUUAAGUUCUCUAACUGUUUGCCACACAUUUUCUUCUCAUGGUAUACAACAUUUAUGGUCCCUAUGGCCUCACCAUGGACACAGAUUCACAUUAAUUCUUUCUGGGAUCCUCUUAAAGCAGAGAUGCCCAAACUAGGGCCCUUGAAGUAUAUGACAAGAGUAAAAAAAAAAAAAAAAAAAAAAAAAAAAAAAUUGCUAUUGACGCAGCUUUUCAUUGCAUUAAUUAGCAGAUUGCAGAGUAAUGUUUUUUUUUUUUUUUGUAUAAUGAAAUUAUAAAGGAGGGAAACCAGGGCAACUUUAAUAUUUUAAUAUAAAAUAGUUUGCAGAUCCUGAAAUAUGGUGUGGGAUUGCGGCUAUUGCGCACAAUUUUAAUAAUUCCCGCAAUUUCCACGUUCAUAAUGCGGGAAAUUCCCACACACUUUUAUUCACUUUACAGUGCAGCUGCAAAUGAGUAAACCAAUAGAUACAGAUGAACACAUCAAUAAACUUGUUUUUGUAUCAAACUGUAAUUCCAGAAGCUGCGCAAAUAAAUCUGCUCUGUCUCUCACUUUCUCUCUCGUGCAGCUGUCAGCAGUGUCAGAAGUGUAAGUGUCACAUAGUUACUGAACUUAAGAUGUUACAUGUGUAUAAACCUUUCUAAACCUGUUAAUUCAACAUACAAAUUGUGUUAUACCACGUCUCCGUAAGCAAGCGACGUGAUAAAACUACGUAUUUCCUGUUUAUAAUCAACAAAGCUGUUAACACUGCAAGCACGUGGGCCUUUCAUUUCUUGGCGUUCCCUCAUUAUUCAUAAUGCAGCACAUUUGCAAGAAAGGCAGAAAUAGCAAAAAUGCUUUGUGUAAUGUACCAGCUGCAUGAUGAAGAGAGACACUUAAACACCUGUUACAUCUCUCAUCUCCAUCUCUAGUUCCAUCCAGGGUCAGAAAUUAACGGAGGCUCUGUGCAAAAAAAUCCCCCUGCAAUCUGAUAUAGUUCAAAAUUAAUAUAUCAUCACGUUCUUCAUUUGAAUUUUCGCUGAACAUUAUUUGUUUUGUGCCGUCCAUUGUGCAGAUAUUGCUGAGUCAGUGGAGCAUGCUCGCACCAUAAACGCGCACAGACGUGCACUCCGCUUCUCACACUCUGCAUCAGUUCGGUGUCAUGCUUGCGCGCUAAAAUUAUCAUAUGCUACAAUGUAGUUAAUAAUAAUAUGAACAAAAAUAAUAUCUGGAUGUUAAAUAGCCUUGAUGUUAAAUAAAACAUUAUUAAUGAUACAAUAAUUAUUUUACAGAACAUUAACCACUUUAUAUCUCUUACUAAUAUUCAUUGUUUUAUUAAAUUGGCUUGAAGGAGUUGCUAAGUUUUUUUUAUAAGCUCCUCAUUCCAAAUCUGGAGAAAUGCUGCCAUCUACAUCUACUGUGUCUGUGCAUUUGAUUUGUAGGCUGUUAAUUUAAUAUCCAAAAUAUUUUUAAAUAUGUGAAUGAGAAAAAAUAAAAUAAAAUCAGUAACAAUGCACGUUAUGCAAUAUUCCAGGCCCUGAGUUUGUUAUAAUGCAAUGUUCUCAUUUGGCCCACGGCCCUCAGUCAAGAUUGAUUUUUGGCCCUUCAUAGGAAAAAGUUUGGGCACCUCUGUCUUAAAGGGAUAGUUCACCCAAAAAUGAAAAUUAAGUCAUCAAUACUUUAUCAACAAUAUUUUGUUCCAAACCCGUAUGAAUUUUGUUAUUCUGUGAAAAGCAAAAGAGAGAUGAUAGGCAGAAUUUUAGAUGCAAUGAAAGUGAAUGGUGACUAAGGGUGAAUCUUCUUUUGUGGUCCACGGAAGAAAGUAAGUCAUACUGGUUUGGAACAACAUGAAAGUGGGUAAAUGAUGACAGAAUUUAUAUUUUUGGUGAACUAGCCCUUUUAAGUGUGGCAAAGCCAGAGCCAAUUAGAUCUACAGCUUCCACAGAUCUUUAUAGAUUAUGGGAACAAUGAUAUUUUUCCCCUCCCUACUUUUUUUUUCAUAAAUUCUUCCAAGUUCUCUUUUCCCUCAUUCUGUGCUGUCAAUCUCUCUAGGCAGUUAUGCUAUUCUUUUUAAACUUUUAAAAACCCUCUCAGUCACAAGUCACAUUCAAUCACUUGGUACUGACAGAAAAUGAUGCAUUCAUCUACUGCUUGCAUAUGCGGUAGUCAAGAAGCCUUUGACUGAAGGGAGAAUGACUUGAAGUUGUGAAUUAAUUUAUGAAAUCAAAAUGGCCUGAGACGGUCACUAUAGAAACCAAUCACCUUGGACAGAGAGGGAGAAGGCAACAGACACCAGCUUGACACUUUAAAUGUAUUCAGAAUCAAAUGGGCGAGCGAGGCUGGGCAAAAGAGCCAGAGUGGAUUCAUUUAAAGCGAUCGAGAGGGCUAUAGGUAAUUUGAAUUAAACCAAUAAACCUGUGACAUUUUUCCUGAUUCGUAGCAUUUCAGCCAGCCAUUCAUAAUUCAUGCAAAGUGCACACAUGCCUCACAUGAAGACAUUUUCUCUUGUAGUUCUGCUUCAAGAUCUUACAAUUGUGAAACAGAUGUGCAUGGAUACCAAGUGGCAUCUGCUGAACUUUGUUUCAUACUUUUUUUAUCACACAACAGAUGCACUCUGAUUCUCAAGAUCUAAUGCAAUUAUGCUCGCAGGCUUUGCUAUUUCAAAUCCAUUUAAAUAAAAAGUUCUAGAGUGUACCUCCAGCCCCACUAAAAGCAAAGGCCUUCAGGUUCAUUUUGAAAAUGAGACAUCAAAGCAUGAAAAAAGACUGUUCUUCAUCCGAAUAUGCUGCUCUUUUGAAUCUUGAUUCAUAUCCUUUUCUUUCUGAUUAAAAUUUUGUGUAAUCACUGAAAUUGAUGUUAGUCCAAACAUAAAUGAAUUACAGCUAAACCUUGUGGUCAGUGGAGUUUAGCACAAGAGUAAACCAGUUCAUUGAGUUGAGUGUCCUUUUCGGUUGCGAUUAAUGAGUUUAAGAAGUCUUUGUCCUUUCAAUAUGAAAAUGCUUUUUAGUUUUAUCACUGGUUCUGUUUUUUAUUAUUUCUUGAGUUCUUGUGUUUUGUUUUGUUUUUUCUCAUCAUGGAAACACGUCUGUGUUUUUGAUUUAGGAGGGAACGAGAUACUUUGCUCUCGUUUUCCAUGUAAGUUCUUUCUUUUCGUCUCUGAGAGGGAAUGCUGUUCUUGUGGUAGAUUUCUAUAAAAAUACAUUUUGAAAAUAAAGAAAAAAUCAAAACAAAAACUUUUUACAUUUUAAUUUUACAUGUGCCAACCUGUUCUAAAACAUUUAAAAGAGAGAAAGAGAGAGAGAGAGAGAGAGAGUCAUGCUGUAAAAGACUGGAUUGAUUUUCAUGUAAACAUAAUUUCAUAACCUUUCAAAAAAAGAUGGAGAUUAAUUAUAGAAAUCAGAGUUUGUAGUUCAUACACA